GGCGCACAGUGUUGGACAAACUGAGUGCGCUCCGUUUCAAACCGCUCCUGAACAUUUCCGGGUGUUUCAGACUUUUACUGACUUUUUUAGAUCUUCAGAUCAAAACUCUGUUUUGUUUCUCAUGUUUCGAGUUGACGGAGGAGCUGGACAGACGGAGCUGGACAGACGCGUUAAAGUCAGACUGAACCCUCCGUGCGGACCUCAAACAAAGAAGAAAAAAGACUGAACCAAAGGAGAAUGGACGGAGCAGAGCAGAACGGAGACUCCACCUGUCCUCCACCCGCAGGAAGACACACGGGCACUCCUCCUCCACCCGCAGUAACUCCUCCUCCACCCGCAGUAACUCCUCCUCCACCUCCAGUAAGACACACGGGCACUCCUCCUCCACCCGCAGUAACUCCUCCUCCACCUCCAGUAAGACACACGGGCACUCCUCCUCCACCCGCAGUAACUCCUCCUCCACCCGCAGUAAGACACACAGACACUCCUCCACCUGCAGUAACUCCUCCUCCACCUCCAGUAAGACACACGGGCACUCCUCCUCCACCCGCAGUAACUCCUCCUCCACCCGCAGUAAGACACACAGACACUCCUCCACCUGCAGUAACUCCUCCUCCACCUCCAGUAAGACACACGGGCACUCCUCCUCCACCCGCAGUAACUCCUCCUCCACCCGCAGACUUGAAUAAAGACCAGUCACCACCUGAAGGGGGCGCUCCAGCCUCUACACCUGAAGGGGGCGCUCCACCCUCUACACCUGAAGGGGGCGCUCCACCCUCUACACCUGAAGGGGGCGCUCCACCCUCUACACCUGAAGGGGGCGCUCCAGCCUCUACACCUGAAGGGGGCGCUCCACCCUCUACACCUGAAGGGGGCGCUCCAGCCUCUACACCUGAAGGGGGCGCUCCACCCUCUACACCUGAAGGGGGCGCUCCACCCUCUACACCUGAAGGGGGCGCUCCACCCUCUACACCUGAAGGGGGCGCUCCACCCUCUACACCUGAAGGGGGCGCUCCACCCUCUACACCUGAAGGGGGCGCUCCAGCCUCUACACCUGAAGGGGGCGCUCCACCCUCUACACCUGAAGGGGGCGCUCCAGCCUCUACACCUGAAGGGGGCGCUCCACCCUCUACACCUGAAGGGGGCGCUCCUCAGCUCACAGAACAGACCGAGAUGAGCGAAGAUUUGCCGGGGGCCCCUCCGAGCAGCGACUCCGGGGGCCCCAUCGUGCUCCAGAGCAGCAACAAGAAUCCAGCGAGUGAGAAACUGGAGCGAGUCCGGAAAUGGAGCAUCACCACCUACAAAUGCACACGUCAGGCUCUGUCGGAGAAGUUGGGCCGUGGAUCUCGGACCGUGGACCUGGAGCUGGAGCCUCGUCUGGAGCUGCUCAGAGACGACCGGCGGCGCUACGACCACGUGACCAAACUCACGCAGACGCUGGCCAAUCAGAUCACUCAGCUCUCCGUUACCCAGAAGGCACUGGGGGAUGUGUUUUCUGAGCUCAGCGUCAAAACACCGACACUUCACGUGGAGUUCGGGUUGAACGCGGAGGCGCAGAGGUUUCUGUGUAAAAGCGGAGAGACGCUGGCCGCCGCCGUGAACUCCUUCACCUCCGACAUGAACACGCUCAUCAACAAAACCAUCGAGGACACGAUGAGCAACGCCAAACAGUACGAGGCCGUCAGGAUGGAGUACGACGCGUACAGAGUGGACCUGGAGGAGCUGAACCUGGGGCCCCGGGGCCCCGGGACACUCCCCAAACUGGAGCAGGCCCAGAGGAGCUUCAGUCUGCACCGGGACAAGUACCAGAGGAGCAGAGACGACCUGAACGUCAAACUGAAGCUGCUCCAGGAGAACAAGGUGAAGGUUCUUCAUAACCAGCUGUGGCUCUUACAUAACACCGUGGCGUCUCACUGUUUGAACUGUCACCGCUUCCUCCAGAACAACAUGCUCCAGGCUCAGACCCUGAGCGGCGCCCCCAGCUGGUUGGAGGAGUCAUGACCACGCGCCGCCGCCUCUGUGUGCCAUUUAUGUUCUGUGUGCGGCUCGUUUACAGCGGAGAUGUGCCGAAGUCGACCAAAAACACGUCAAAGAACGAGUUAUUUUCACAUUCACCAGAUAUUUUUGAUGUUCAUAUUUGUAUAAACUGUUCACUGGUCCCUCGUUUAUGGCGGGGGUCACGUUCUAAAAAUAACCCACAACAGGCGAAAUCUGUAGUAUCAGCUUUAUUUUUUACAUUAUUCUCUCUGUUUUUGUCUGUAAAACCCCUCACCACACACUUUAUACACUUUUCUCACACAGGCGUUAACAUUUUCUCACAUUUCUCUCUCGUUUAAACUCUCUCAAAGUUCAAACCUUCGUAGGCGUCUUUGUCGGUGCAGAACGUUUCAUCGACAUUGUGGGUUUUGUCGGGGAGAAAACAAAUUGCAAACGUACAGCACUUCAGAGUCACACUGAGAUCCAACGUUUAUGUAAAUUUGUCUGAACACAUUCUGUACUGGACAGGAGACACGGCACGGAGGAAACUGAUGGACAAUGGUCUACAGUCCAACAGCCAAUCAGGACGCACGACACAAUGGUCUACAGUCCAACAGCCAAUCAGGACGCACGACACAAUGGUCUACAGUCCAACAGCCAAUCAGGACGCACGACACAAUGGUCUACAGUCCAACAGCCAAUCAGGACGCACGACACGAUGGUCUACAGUCCAACAGCCAAUCAGGACGCACGACACAAUGGUCUACAGUCCAACAGCCAAUCAGGACGCACGACACAAUGGUCUACAGUCCAACAGCCAAUCAGGACGCACGACACAAAACACAAAACUCUCUGUACCUGCUGCUGUCAGACUCGUCAUUUUGGUUUUAAAUGUUCAUAUUAACCCUCUACAUGAUCCUGCUCCUCUCCUCCUUUCCGCUCCCCCUCUCCUCCUCUGCUCUUUUUCUCCUCUCCUGCCUUCCUCCUCCCUCUCCUCUCUACAUCCUCUCCACCUCAACCUUUCCUCCUCCUCUUCUCCUCUUCCUCUCUUAUCCCCCUCUCCUCCUCCCCUUGUCCUCCUCCCCCUCCUUUUCCUCUCCUCUUCUCCUCCUCUUCUCGUUUCCUCCUCUCUCUGUUUUUUUUAAAUUUCACUAUUGUGUCUGUAAAUCCAGAUCUGAACAUUAAUAACAGACACAUCAGGUCCUUCUUUCCCCGAGGUCGCUCCUGUUAGCGUUAGCAACAGGUUUGAUUGACAGCGUGUGUAUGUCUAUGGCGGAAUGUUCAGCGGUUACCAUGGUGACACAACGCACACAUUAGCAAACACACCCAAUAUUAGCCCGAAACUCACGAAUAAACACAAAAGUGAUUUAAAGAGACACAUGUUCAGGAGCCUGUGAUCAACCCGAGCUCAUGGUGCUGUUUAAGAGUUUUACACUAAAAGGAGAGAAAAAAUCUGUUGGCUAAUGCUAAUGCUAAUGCUAAUGCUAACUAGCCUGUAAUGUUAUUUGAGAGGGAUUUGUUUAACAGCACAAAGCAGCUCGUCUGUUUAAGUUCAGAUAAGCUGAGCUGUUAACUUGAAAACUACCACGUGAUGACCUCACAAGGUGGACACCACAUGAUGACCUCACAAGGUGGAACCGAGCGUUUCCCUUUUCCCUGAAGUGACCCCAAACUUUACAAAGGACCAAAGAAACACUUCCAGACUUUUUCCUGUUGAAAAGUCCAUGUUAUUUCUGAAAAAAUGUCAUUAAAAUGUUGUAAAUGUG